AUGUCCAUCUCCCCAUUCGCCAAUGACGAGUACACCGUCGGCUGGGUCUGUGCCCAUGGCAUUGAUUUUACAGUCGCAGAGGCGAUGCUGGACGAAACACAUGGCGAGCCGCAGACUCCUCUCCUCCUUGCAGACCACAAUACAUACGUCCUGGGCGCUGUGAACGGUCAUAAAGUGGUAGUCGCGUGUCUUCCCCGGGAUGAGAUAGGAGGCUUCUCAGCUGCGGCGGUGGCCAAGGAUAUGAUGCAUACAUUCCCGCGGAUUCGGUUCGGUCUGGUGGUGGGAAUCGGGGCAGGGAUUCCUCGCUACGACGGCGGUGGCGAUAUUGCGGAUAUCCGGCUGGGAGAUGUUGUUGUGGGCAGCAGCAAUACCGUCGACGGCGGCGUGGUGGUGUAUGACUUUGGCAAGCGGCUGGCGGAUGGGUCGUUUGACACCCGGUAUGCGCUAGACAGACCCCCUCGAUCGCUACGGACAGCCUUGAAUCGGCUGGUGUCCAAGAACAGGCUGCAGGGCAGCCAAGUGAGCGUCUUGAUCGACCAGAUGCUGGACAAAUAUCCGGUCCUCCUCGAAGCCGGUUUCGGCCGCCCGGAACAGGCGACAGAUCGCCUGUUCCGCUCGGAGUACCGUCACGUGGCCGGCUACACGUGCGCCCGGUGUGAUCCUGCAGGGGAAGUUGACCGGGAAAGCUGGAAGCGACGGACCUCCAAGCCAGUUGUCCAUUAUGGGACAAUUGCGACCGGGAGUUCUGUCGUCAAGCAUGCUCCAACGAGAGACGACAUUCAAUACAAGCAUCAGGCGAUCUGCUUGGAGACGGAGGCCGCGGGUUUAGUGAACUGCUUCCCUUGUCUCGUUAUCCGGGGGAUUUCCAACUACGCCGACUCGCAUAAGAAUGACACCUGGAGAAAUUAUGCGGCCGCCGCGGCCGCUGCGUAUGCAAAGGAGUUGCUGGGGGUGGUGCACAUUCGAGAUGUGGUUAGAGAGUGCAGUGUAAAGGAGACCUUGAGUGAAGGUGCCUUAUUGCUUCACUCGCUCAGCAUCAAGACUAAGGCUCAAGGGUAUUGA